AUGCGUAACUAUCGUACAGAUAAAAGUGAGGAAGAAUUCGAAAGUGCUGACGAAGGUAGCAACAAUGGAUGGACCAAUUCAAUAGAUAAUAACAACGAGAAGAAAAUCAAUGUCAAUCAUAACGGCGCAGUCAGUGAGAAUAAUACGAGCUUAGUACAAAUUACUAAUGAUCUGAAUUCUGUUCAAAUACAAAAAGACAUUAUAAAGCAAACACCGCUAUCAGAUACCGAAAAGAAAAAUGUAGCUUCUGCUAGCACGAAAGAUUGGUCUAUCUGGCCAACAUUCGACACAAAAACCGGAAUAAAUCAAAAGACUAAUGAUAGGCUAAACAGUGUGUCACUAAAGAAAGAUCCUCAAUAUCAAGACUCAUCUUCGCCGCCAUCGUCAUCUGCCCAUUCAGAUAAUGAUAGCUCAUCAUUAGAGGAAAAAUCGAGUGAUCGCUACUUAAAUUACCAACAACGAAAAAAAUAUCGAAAAAAUAGAUGUGAUCCAAAUAAUGACGACAGCGAAUCAAACAAAGUUACAACACGUCCUUCUCGUGAAACAACAGCAAGAGAUGACAAAAGUACUAACAACAUUAAAAAACAUCACAAUGUUCACGAAGCUCGCCGUCUUCUCGAUCAUCUAUCGGAGCAGUCACCAACUAGAACUCCCAGCUGGGGUCAAUCAUGGUCAAAUAUUGGAUCUUUUCUUUCGAAUGCAAAAUCGACAGUAAAUACAUUGAAAAGUAGUGUUAGUGAGGGCUUUAGUGCUGUUAUUGAAUCUGUUGAAAGUAGUCUAGGGGCACCUGAUCCGGAGCAAUUGGCAGAAAUGAAUCGAAUGGCUUUCAAAAUUAAAGGCGAAACAUCAGAUAGUGAAACAGAAGAACCAGAUGCACAACAAAACCAACAAGAUUCAGUCACAAAUCAAGGUGGUUGGCUAAGUUCUUUAAGUAUUGACAAAAUCACAACAACUGGUAUGCAGAUUGUUUCGGGAAGUUUAGAUGUGUUGGAAACUGUGGGUAAAAAAACAUUUGAAGCUAUUAACGAAGUUGAUCCAGAAUUAAAGGGGACAAGACAUUUAUUAAAGGGAGGACAACAAGAUUCCGUGACGCUAUCUGAAAUAAUUCGUGAAACACAGCAACAAGGUGAUAAUAAUGAUUUAUCAAAAUCCAACCAUAAUAGUAUAACGUUUACUCGUUUAUUUGAAAAAAAUCAAGGUUUGACACAUUUAGAAGCAUUGGAAUCACUAUCAUCUCAAGCAUCGAUUAAAGUACAAACAUUUGAUUAUCGUAAUAACGAAUUAUUGGAAAAAAUAGCCGUCUAUUUCGACAUGGAAAACGAUAAACGGGAAGAUGAUUCAAGCAACAAUGAAGCGAUGAACAAUAUUGAAAAUCAAAUUCCUAAUAUAGAUGAUUUAUCAUUCAAAUUUACAACAUAUCAAACACAAUUACGUUCUACAGUAUCGAUGGAUAAAGUGUUGGAAGUUUAUCAAUCAGCACAUGAAUUUAUAAAAGAAUGGGAUUGGAUGGAUACAGCGUUGGAUCAAAAAACAUUACAUGACGAAGCAAUAGAUUGUUUAGCAAUAUUAUGUUCUCAUAUUGUUGAGUAUUAUCGUAAAACAGCUGAAUUAUUUUUAAUGGGUUGCAAAAGUUUAACAGCAUUUUCUGUUGAUGUUGAACUGUUGAAACUCUUUCAAAAACAACAAAUUGACUUCACAAAUAUGUUAUCUGGAAUUCCUAUUUUAUUUGCUAAACAUAUGAAACAUAUUAAUAAUGUUCCUUCAAAUUCAAUAAAAAAUAGUGAAACACCUGUUCGUUGUGCUGUCGAUUAUAAACAUCAAUUAAUUACAGAUUUAUUCAUACAAUCUACAAGUUCAUUGACUUAUGCACAUGAUGCAUAUUGUCUAUUGAAACCAGUUAUUCAACAAUCGAUUAUUUAUCAUAUGAGUGCAAUAACGACAUUGAACGAUCUUUAA